UGCCGCGCGAUGGAGGUAGCCAUACAGAAAGUCUUGCCGGGCACAGCGCACCGUUGGUGCAAGUGGCAUGUGCUGAAGAAAGCGAAGGAGUCGCUUGGUCCGUUAUUCACUAGGCGGCAUGCUUUUCGAGCUGAAUUCAACAAAGUGGUAAAUCACAUGUUGACGAUAGAUGAGUUUGAGGAUGCAUGGGAUGUGUUACUUGAGAAGUACCACCUUAGAGAGCAUGCAUACAUGACACAGUUGUAUGAGGUGCGACAGAAAUGGGCCAAGCCUUAUUUUAAGGGUAUUUUCUGUGCAAAGAUGACUAGUACUCAAAGGAGUGAGAGUGCGAACAGUAUGCUGAAGAAGUAUAUACCCAAGGGGUGUUCCAUGCACAUGUUUGUGCGGCAGUACAUGCGUCUGCUAUAUGACCGAGAAUCAGAUGAGAACUACCAGGAGAAGCGAACAAAAGUUAGUGGGGCGGUUGUGCGAUACAACUUCACAAUCGAGAGACAUGCCAGUAAAAUAUAUACAAUGUCAAUGUUUGAGCAAUUUGGGAAGAUGAUAUUUGAAGCAUGUGCGUACAGGGUAGAGGAGGUGGAAAAAAACAAGUUGUACAGAACAACUCACACAGACGCGGCCCGGCGGGAGAAGUGGAGCAGGGUUGUAUUUGUCGUGAAGAUGCUGGAUGAUGGGGCGGAAUUCGACUGCGAGUGUGGGAUGUUCGCGCACAUGGGAAUGCUUUGUGGGCAUGCUUUGAAGGUGAUGGACUAUGUUGGAAUAACAGAGAUACCCAUCAAACAUGUCAUGAAGAGAUGGACCAGGGACGCAAGGGAUGUGCUGCCGGAGCAUCUGCGGCACUACCAGCGUGACCACGCCGCAGGUAAAAAUUUCACGAAGCGGCAUUCAACUCUGUACAUACAGGCAAUGGAGCUGGUUAGGCUUGGUGAUACAAGCGCCACAGCUUAUGAGAAGUUAUCCGGUAUGUUCAAGGAAAUACUAACUGUUAUGGCUCCUUUUGAGGAGACUAGGGAUGGACUUGGGUUGGAAGACAGGCCCACUGUCAGCGGAAAAGACGGCAAGAGGAAGGGAGACGAAUGUUCAGUUGAGGGAAGUGUUUCAGUCUCUGAGCAUCUUAUGGCUGGGAUGACAGCACCGAGUAAGAAGCAGAAAGCUGGGAGGCCAACCAGCAGUCGUGACAGGGCACCGUACGAGGGAUGUAGCAAGAGAACAAGGUUUUGCAGCAUCUACAAGCGGCCCGGUCACAAAAGAACAACUUGCCCGGACAGGGGUGAUGAGCCAAAGCUCCCCAGGAAGUAUGGUAGAUGCAGUAUCUGUGGGGUGGCUGGGCAUCGCAAGAGCACCUGCGUGAAGCCACUAGAGCUUUGAGUGUUCGAUUUGCGGGUCAGGCGUGGUGGAAACCUAGCAUGUGUCUGUAUGUGUAUCACAAGAUUUGUGCUGUGCAUGAAUUGUUCCUGAAUUUGGCUGUUCCUUGUUUAAGUACUGAACUGUAUGUUGUCUGUCGACUUGUCAAACUUUGGUUCUCUC